AGUAGCAGAAUAGCAAGCCCCAGCGCCAGCAGUGUGUGAAUGUGGCAAUCGAGGUAGACAGGGAGGGGUGGAAACACUGACCGGGUGGUUCUUAUUUUUUUUUUUGGGUCCCGUUUUUCUUUAUAUUCCGUUUCUCGUUGAGCCGAGUCACCACGGUUCAUACCUCGCCACGGUUAGGAACUGUUAGCGGGGCUGUGGAGCCGGUUACCGCUUUUCCUCGGGACUAACUGCUGUCGUUGUGGAAAUAGUCCAGAAGAAAGAAGGGAAGGUAGAAACAACAUGGGGCGAUAAUAAAAAAAUGUGUGUAGCGGACCGACGAUGACUCUCUGGGAGGACCCGUGAAGCCUAUUUAUUUUCUAUUUAUUACCCAUUUUCCCCUUGUGUCCUCUUGUAUUAUUUCCCAUUCCCACCUUGUUAGUUUGGGAAUUUUUUUUUCCUCAAAGAAAAACGUUAGAAGAAGGCUAAAGGAUGGACCAAGCCGGUAUCCUGAGAAACUUUAUCCAGAGGGUGAAGGCCAUGAGCGAAUUGGAUGUAGACAGAGGAGAGGACAACUUCGGCAGCGACUUUAUGCGGUUGCGUCGGUUAUCAACAAAGUACCGAACAGAGAAGAUCUACCCAACAAACGUAGGAGAGAAGGAAGAGAACGUGAAGAAGAACAGAUACAAAGACAUACUUCCAUUUGACCACACUAGAGUAAAGUUGAGUUUUAAAACAACCAAUCAAGACACAGAUUACAUCAAUGCCAACUUUAUUAAGGGUGUUGAUGGCCCCAAAGCCUAUAUAGCCACUCAGGGUCCCCUCCCAAACACAGUCAUCGACUUCUGGAGGAUGAACUGGGAGUACAAUGUCGCUGUUAUUGUAAUGGCCUGUCGAGAGUUUGAGAUGGGAAGGAAAAAAUGUGAGCGGUAUUUUCCAUCACGAGAUGAAGAGCCCCUGAGUUUCGGGCCUUUCAGAAUCUCCUGUGAAUCGGAGCAGCAAAGAACAGACUAUUUUAUCAGGACGUUGACGGUUCAGUAUAAUAAUGAAACUCGGAGGAUAUCUCAGUUCCAUUACAUCAACUGGCCUGAUCACGAUGUCCCGUCAUCGUUUGACUCCAUAUUGGAUAUGAUCGGACUGAUGAGGGAAUACCAGGAGAAAGACGAAGUUCCUAUAUGUGUGCACUGCAGUGCAGGUUGUGGGAGGACGGGUGCUAUUUGUGCUAUUGACUACACAUGGAACCUCCUCAAAGCUGGGAAAAUUCCAGAGGACUUUAAUGUUUUCCGGUUGAUCCAAGAGAUGAGGACACAGCGACAUUCUGCCGUUCAAACUAAGGAGCAGUACGAGUUAGUUCACAGAGCUAUCGCUCAGCUGUUUGAGAAACAACUACAGCAUCUGGAGAGCCCCACCAACACGCAGAUACAAGAUGGCAUGAGCGAAAGCAGUCCAGACAAAACAAGCAUUCAGUCAGAUGAGGAACGAUGGGACAUGCCACCUCCCAAACCACCUCGCAUUCGCAGUUCCCAGGUGGAAGGUGAUGUGAAGGAGGAGAUCCUCCAGCCCCCUGAGGCUCAUCCUGUCCCCCCUAUUCUCACCCCCUCUCCCCCAUCGGCCUUCCCCACUGUCACCAACGUGCGGCAGGACAACGACCGCUACCAUCCCAAACCAGUCAUCCAUGUCCUGGAUACGACCCAACGCGGCCUAAAAGAGAAUGAAGAUGGGAACAAGCAGCAGAACCAGUCUGAAUCCGGUCCUCCCAAACAAGCCAACCCCUCAGAGCACAGAGAUCUAAAUGUACAGAGCCAAAAUCAGCAGACCCAGGUCUCACACCUCGAUCUCAACGACAACUACAACAAAUCCUCCUCAGCGUCGACAAAGCCGGAGUCGGGCCAGACUCAGACACCCUCCUCGCCCCUCUCCCCGACGGCUGAAUGUUGUGGCGCCCCUCGGAUUGAGAGGAAGCUCAGUAUAGAGAUUAAAAAGGUUCCGUUGCAGGAAGGGCCUCGCAGCUUUGACACGUCGUCCUCCGUAGGAGCCAACAAUUCAACCAACAGUAGCUCCGCGCUACAGAGAGGCCACGCCUUCAAAGCUCGGUCCGGUCAAACCCUGCUGACGUCGAGCUCCUCGCUGUCGGAGGACUCCGGCACAGAGGGGGGAGCAGGGGGAUGUGAGGAGGGUCACUGCGACGGGAGCGUCCUAACCAGACCAAACCACCUACCUGUAACAAGCGAAAGCAAGGAGAAGACAGAAGAAGUGAAAAGUGGCCACGCAGCGUGGAACAGCCCUGAGAAAACCUUCCCCAAGACCACCUCCUCCUCUUCAUCCUCAGACAGAGUCGCCCCGUCCUCCUCCUCCUCCUCCCACAUAUCCUCCUCUUCGUCAUCCUCCUCCUCCACCCCCGUCAGGACUGCCCUCAGCUUCACCAACCCCCUUCACUCUGAUAACUCGGACGAGGAGGGGAACGAGGAGAUGGCUGAGUUGAAGGAGGGUUAUCAUAAAAACGUCUCCACAGCGUCGGCCACGGUGACCUCCUCGCCUCACCUUGAAACACAGCAGUCGGUCAGAAAGGUGCUGCCUAUGUCUAUCGCCGGACAGACCACCCCAUCGCCCUCUGGAAGCCCAACAAACUGCUGGGACAGCGACGACUCCCCUCCCCCCCUCCCUGAGAGAACCCCUGAGUCCUUCAUACUGGCCACAGAUCCUCUGGAAGUAAGAACAUCAGCCUCAGCUGAAUGGAGCUGCUCACAGAAAGAUGUCUCUGAUUGUGCCAAGACAUCACCAGUGGUAUGUGCAUCAGAUGGCAGCACAGCAGGAGUUAGCCAAGUAGACCUGGGUGGGAUUCGGUAACCGCUGCAUUCAGCCCAAAGGCCCCCGAGAACCCCCUGUGGAGUGGACAUGAUGGAACGACCUAUCCACCAUCAACGUCUUUCCUUAUCGGGACACGACUCCUGACUGGUUGGCCCAAAACACAGACUGGCACACAGGAAAAGAAAACAACAAAGCUGGCAUAGAGACUUAAAAUCCAGAGAUUAUCCUCCUCACAAUGUUGACUUGGCUGCUGUAGAUGCUGACCUGGGACCUCUCUUAGUUAAUGGAGGGGGGGGUCUCCUCUCCUCUUUGACACUUAAAGUAAACUUUUCCUUUUUUUGUUUUAUUUUACACUAAAUGAAGCAUGAUCCAGAGUGACUCUUAAAAUAGUUUCAAGCCAAAUGAGAGGAAAGUGACUUCUAAAGGAAAAGCUAGAGUUGGGAAGCAGAUUCCUGUCCCAGAGGUGGUUUUGCCUCCCGCUGAGCGAACAAUCUUCAAAGCGAACUUAGAUAAUCUCGUACUCAUGAUGCAACCUUUUCAGUUGGGUAUGCGGAGGUUGCCUGGGUAUUUUCUCUCACUUCUUUUGUAUUUUUGUCCCUCAAAGUUUCUUCUUCUUGCUGGUGCUACUUUAUGAAUUUUCAGGAUAGAUACCAGAGCGUCGUAGCCGAGGGUUACCAUCGUCCAGUGAUUCUUCAACUCUUAAGGUUUUUAUAUUUGGUUGUUCUUUCUUCCAUUUGUUUGAGGUCAUAUGCAAACAGGAUUCGUUGAUUAUUUUGUUGAAAAAUCUCAACUUUCAGUUUGAUUUAGUCCUAAAAUAUAACUUGAAGUCACUGAUAUGUGAAUAUUUCCUUCCUUUGCUUAAAGAUUUCCUUUACCACAUCUACAAAUCACUGAUUGGACUGACAGCUCAUUCUAAAUAUGCAGCUAAUUACAGGCUGGUAAGAAUGUAGCUUUGGGACAGCUAGACUUGAUAGGAAGUUUAUGAAAGUUUUGCUCAAGAAAGCAGAAAAUUCAACACAGGCUAUUUGUAAAAUGAAAAGAUUAUUUAUUUAUUAAAAAUCAGGAAUUUUUUUUUUGUCUGAUCACAUUAGAGAUAAAUUUUCAAACUCUUUAGCAAACAACUCAGACUCUUAAGCAUCGGGACCAUGAGAGAAUGAAACCCAUCUUGGUCCAUCUUCACUUCUCCUCCCCUUUAGUCUUUAAACUAUUUUUGCCACCCCUGGUAAAGAUGUGUCAAAAGCCUUUAUUUAAAUGAAUUUCUUAUUGCGGUAGUAUAAUCCUAGAGUGAAAUCAGAUUUUUAUUUUAAUCUGUCUGUUAUUAAUUAAUAUUAAGAGAGAAAUUCCUAAUUUCCUCACAGCCUAUAAAGCCCACAGCAUCACAGAUCCAGCACCGUACUUAAUUGUAUGCAUAAAAUGCUUUUCACCAUCUUAAUCCUUUUAAACUAAACCCAGCUGGAUUGUAAUCCUGUCUGGCCAAAAUGCACGGAUCCUUUUUAGCAGUCAAUAGAUACUUUUAAAUAAUGAGAAAUAUUAGAUAUCAUUCUGGAAAAUUAAUAAGUCGCUUGAGAGGUUAUCAACAAAAGAACCACCUGUUAUUUAUUUUUUGAAACACAUUCAUGUUUAUUUUUUUCUUCCCAAAUUUCUCUGUAAGAGAUUAUGUUCACACCAAUAAAGAUGAAUAAUUCCAGUAUUAUUAUCAUUAUUUGAAUUUUUUUCCCCUCACGUCUUUGUCAGGGGUGGCCAAAGCUCUGACCAAAACUCUGUAUAUGUGUUUCUAUUUUUCCAACCCUUCCAGUUACUAAAGAUGUCCUCACAGCCUCUCACAGUCAACAUCUCAGUGUUUCAGGAUCUGAAAAUUACAUAUGAAACAUUUGAAAGUGGAUUUUGACAGAAGUAUUAGCCCUUCAGCUCACCACCCGACACAAACACGCCUCUCCACACCAGAAGCAGCUGUAAAGACCAAGGAUUACUGCUUUGAAUGACAUCUCCAUCCUUUGCAGCAGUGACUACACAGUAUAUGCAUAGUUUUUUUAUAUAUGUAAAGAGCUGCACAGUGCAGUUAAGGUAUAUAAUGUUCCAAGUUAAUUUGCUAUGAUUUUACUGUUUGUAUUAACAGAAGAUGUAAGAAAGUCCGUGCAUGAUGAUGUUGAUUCCUCUCCAUAGAUAAUGUAAAUUAUUCAGCUAUAUUUUUUUUCUCUUCCUUAUUGCAAACUUUUUCACAGUUUGGAUUUUAUGGUUUUCAAACUUAAUGGUUAGUAAAUGUUUUAAUUAGUAGGCAGAGCAGAAAGCACAGCCUGCCUCCUGGACCCUGAAUGAUGACUACAAUGGGCUCUAAAUGAGAUUGUAUAAUUAAUAAUAUUAAUGAUGGAAAUGCUAUUCUAUCAUUGUUUUUGUAAAUGAUAAUUUGAAAGUUAUUUUUGUACACACAUGUUGUUUAUGUCCACCACGCCCCACGUGCUAAACUCCGCCUUUCUAUCUUAUAAAAUCACAUGUUUUUCACUUGUUUUGUGCCCUAACAUUGUUUUGUCCUUAGGUUUCCUUAAGUUUGUGUUGUUGUUUUUUUCCUUAAAGCUAUGAUACUUUACUGAUCGCUUCAGUUAAGCAUAUCUGAGCAGUUUAAAGUUGCAAAACAACAGGAGAGACUAUUUGACUGUACAUUUGACUCAAUUUUCUGUUCAUCUCUCCACUCAUUCAAACUCAGAAAGGAGCCCCAUUGUGCCUUUAAGAGAGACCCCUCCCCUCCUCUCCAACAUCUCAUCCAAUCAUCAUUAGACUAAAGUGUGAGUUGAUUGGCUGCCUCCCCCUCCUGCUCCACCAUAACACAAAAACACCCUCCAAAUGUUUGUAUGAUGCAGAAAUCAAUCAGUAAAGAUGAACCUAAAGUCGCA